AUGUCGACGAGACCACCCUCUCGCGUCGUCUUUGUCGGCAAUAUUCCUUAUGGCUUGACCGAAGAGCAAAUUACCGACAUUUUCAGCAGCGCAGGCAAAGUCGAGCGAUUCCGCCUUGUGUAUGAUCCCGAGACUGGACGACCUAAAGGAUUCGGCUUCGCAGACUACCCAGAUACCGAUUCUGCGUCGUCCGCUGUGCGCAACCUGAACGAUUUCGAGAUCAUGGGACGAAAGCUUCGCGUCGAUUUCAGCAACGACCAAAAGAGUGGCGAUGACGACAAGGACCCAGCCAUAUCUAACUACAACCCGCAUGUCUCCAAUGGCGCAGCUCCCAGCUACAAUGCUCAGCCGAGCACUCUUCCUCCUCUGCCUGCUGGAAAGGAGCUUCCUCACGGUGUCUCUUGCGCGGACGCUAUUUCACGAACGCUCGAAACCCUUCCUCCCCCUCAACUCCUCGAUAUUCUCUCGCAGAUGAAGACACUUGCCAGCAGCGAACCGCAGCGCGCCACCGAGCUCCUCCAACAAGCGCCUCAGCUGGCCUACGCUGUGUUCCAGGCUCUUCUCCUCAUGGGGCUCGUUUCUCCCGAAGCCAUCCAGUCUGUCGUUGAGCCUGGAGCUCCCCCCGCUGCGUUCCCUCCUGCGCCCAUGCCUAGCUACCCGGUUGCGAGUAACACCCCUCCUGUUGCUGCUAUGCCUUAUCAGGCACCGCCUCAGCCCUAUGCUGCCGCUCCUGUCGCGGCUCCUGCACAAGCUGCGCAGGAUCCCGAUACUUUGAUGCGCGCAGUGAUGGAACUCCCCCAGGCCCAAAUUGACAUGCUUCCUGAGGCAGAGAGGCAACAAAUUUUGGCUCUCCGUGCUACGUUUGCUGGACAGCGAAGGUAG